AUGGGUGGCGAAUAUCAAAGAAAAGUCGCGAUUCAGGCCGUGGCGGCGGUUUUUCUACCUAUCACCGCUGUUUCAGUGAUACUGCGCUGUUAUGUGAGAGGAUGGAUUGUGAAAGCAUUUGGAUGGGAUGAUAUUGCAAUGGUUAUUGCAAUGUUGUUCUUCGCCAUGUUCUGUGGAAGUAUGAUCGGGGGUUCACUAUAUGGAUCAGGUUACAGACUCGAGCACCUCGAACCUCAUAAUAGAGUCACAGCCGUGGAAUACUUUUGGCUUUGUGAGAUUUCAUUUUGUCUCGCCUCCCUCUUCGGCAGAAUCUCCAUUUGUCUAUUUUUAUUGCGUAUAACCAUCCAGCGCCUGCAUAACUGGAUCCUUUAUACGGUCAUGGUCUUGACUGUAAUUUCUGGAGUGAUCUUCUUGUUCUUGUUGCUGUUCCAAUGCCAGCCGAUCUCAUACUUCUGGACUCGAGUUCUUUUAGACCCGAGUAUUACCGGAUCCUGCAUUGACAUUAAUAUCCUCGUCGUCAUGAUGUAUGUCCACAGUGGCUUUUCUGCUUUAUGCGAUUUUACGGUCGGAAUUCUGCCUGUUUUCAUCGUGUACACGUUGCAAAUGAAGAAGCGGACUAAGGUUGGGGUAAUUUGCAUCUUGGGGAUGGCGUGUAUUGCCUCAUCUGCGGUUCUUGUUCGCAUUCCCUUUGUCCAAACCUUGGUUGAAGAUAGCUUCCUCUACGCAAAUGUUCAGGUCGCCAUUUGGUCCAAUAUUGAAGUAGGCCUGGGAAUCACAGCCGGAAGUCUAGCAACACUCCGCCCUCUCUUACGCAUCUGGACACAUUCUCGGUCCGAUCCGAAUAACCCAGACUACUCACACAGAUUCCCCGGCGCACGUCCCCGCUCCAGAUUCCACAAUCUAGAUGAAAAUGACCACGUAUACCAUCUGGGCUCGGUUGAUCAAACCGUCCACUGUCGGCUGAGACCAGAUGACCAGGAUAGCUGUUACGGUGAUGACUAUCAAUGGCCAGCGCGACCAUAA